GGGAAACUCGACUGGAACCUUGGUUGGUAGCAAAGCAUCGUUUUCGACUUCGAAAUACUUUGAGACCGAUGUUUCGCAGCCCUAGAAUACUGAUCCACGAAAACAAAAACAAUUGAAAUCGAAAGGAUAAGGAUAUGGCCCAAUUCGAGAAGGAAAUCGUGCAAGCGGUGCUAAUAGCCGACAAUAAUGUGUGGAACUUCAAGCCGCUCUCCGACGAAGGCUCCACGGCACUGCUCCCUCUGGUCAAUGUGAGAAUGCUGGACUACGCACUCAUCGCCCUCAAUCGGAGCGGUGUGGAGGAGGUGUUUGUGUACGCCAGCCUCUUCCUGCAGGACAUCCGGGACCACAUUAAGGCCGGAAUCGCUGCAUACGCCGCGUGGUCUUUCAAAAUGACCGUUCACGUGAUCGGCGGGGAGGGCUGCCGCUGUUUCGGUGACGCUAUGCGAGACCUGGACGCAAAGGCGCUGAUCCGCGGCAACUUCAUCCUGCUGGGCGCCGACACCGUGACGAACGCCGACCUACGACCGGUGCUCGAGCAACACAAGCGGCAGGCCAAGUUCGACAAGGGCACCGCCGCAACGCUGGUGUUUAAGGAGUGCUCCAACAACGUGCGCACCGGCAACGAGGUGCUGAUCGCCGUGGACCGCCGCAACGACCGGCUGCACUACCACCAGCGGCUGCGGAUGCACCAGAAGGAGCCGCGCUACCAGAUCCCACUCGACGUCUUCUUGGGCAACUCGUGCGUGGCGCUUCACCACAAUUUGCUCGACCCGCAGAUCGCCAUCGGCUCGCCCUCAAUGCUGUCGCUGUUUAGCGACAACUUUGACUUCCAGACGCGCGACGACUUCGUGCGCGGACUUCUGAUUAAUGAAGAGCUGCUGGACAGCCGCAUAUACGUGGCCCUGCUGCCGGACGCCCAGUACGCUCACAAGGUGAACAACUGGCUAGCCUACCAGCUGGUCAGCCGGGACAUCGUCAACCGAUGGGCUUACCCGCUCGUCCCGGACAUGGGCGUCUACAAGCUGCAGCAGCAGUACGUCUUCCACAAGGACAACAUCUACAAGAGCCCCGAGGCGCAAGUAUCGAAGGUGGCGUUGCACCAAAACGUGGUCGUCCAGGCGGGAAGUCGCGUGGGCAGCGGGACCGUGAUCAGCGAUAGUGUGAUCGGAGCCAACUGCCGCAUCGGACGGAACUGUCGGCUAAGCAAUGUGUUUCUCCUGGGCGACGUCACCGUGAAGGACAACUGCCGGCUGGAGCACUGCGUGGUGGGUGCUGGCGCCACCAUUAACGAGGACUGCGACGUAAGCGCGGGCUGUGUGCUGGGGGCGAAGAGCGUGUUGCCGGCCAAGACGACGCUGGCCAAGACCCUCGUCACCAGCGCGCCCAGCACACAGCGCAGCGAAGAAGAGGAUCCGAUCGAGCUGGAGUCAAUUGGGCCGCACGCCUUCAUCGUUAGCGAUCUGACCACCGGCGAUCCCGAAGACUCGGACGGCGAGGACUUUCUGCCACAGCAGCCGCUCAGCAUACCCAAGAUGGGAGACCUGCUGGCACAGCUGGACGAGAUCAGCUUCUGCAGCGACCUGAGCGACGACGACGAGGACGCGUCUCGGGCGGUGACGCCGCUGCCCGACGACACAAACAUUUUCCUCGGCGAGGUAAUCGACUCCCUGACGCGCGGCUUCCGCGAGAAGUCCAACCCCGACUUCCUUAUACUCGAAAUCAACUCAUCGCGCUACGCCUACAACAUGUCCCUCAAGGAGGUGAACUUCAACGUGGUGAAGGCUGUGUUCGGCAUGCAGAGCAUCGUGGAGCCGGCGAACGACAACGUGCUGGUGGCAAUUAAUGCCGCCUUCAAGCAGCUGGGACCUGUGGUCUCAAACUACAUUAAGAGCGAGGAUGCCAUGCUGGACUGCCUGAAGGCAUUGGAGGACGUGUACGAGGAAAACGUUUUGGUGCGCGAGAAGAUAUCGCAGAUAGUGCAUUACCUGUACGACAAGGACUUUGUCUCCGAGGAGGCGAUCAAGACCUGGUACGAGCAGUUGGACGAGGAGGAGCUCGCGCCCCUGCGACAAAGCCUGGGGAAGCUCGUGGCCUGGUUGGAUCAGUCCAGCGAAGAGGAUGACGACGAUGAGGAGGAAGAGGACUAGGCAAAGGCUUAACCACUAUUUUUCACAUUACCUUCUGCAACGAUUUUCAAAGACUUCUAAAUGCUAAAGCCAGAACCAUUAAAUGGUUCAUCCCAAAAAUGGAUUUUAUAAAAGUAGUAAUUGGUUCAUGUUUUGCCCUUCAACGCAAAUUAAAGACUCCUUAAAUUA